GUGACGCCCAUGAUUGUGCAAGCACGCGCAUAAUGACGUGUUUAUGAUGAGCGUGUCCCUUCGCGAACGCGCGACAACAGCAAUGGCCGUCGUGGAAGGCCGAAAUCCUAAUCUCGACGAUUUUGUCGGAUUAAAUUGGAGUUGUUGGGUGGAUAGGGAGAAUAUUUUCACAUCUGACGCUGGUCUGUGUGCCGAAUAUGGGAGUGUCAUCAGUGAGACCAUGACCCUCAGCAAAGAAGCUACAAUCAGGCGGAAGACGGGGUACAUCCUGGACAAGUCGCCACCUCAUCGCAGGGCCAACACAGAUAGACAGACUACAUUUACACUCACAUUCACGCACUAGGGUCAAUUUAGUGUUGCCAAUCAACCUAUCGCCAGGUGCAUGUCUUUGGAAGUGGGAGGAAGCCGGAGUACCCGGAGGAAACCCACGCAUUUACGGGGAGGACAUGCAAACUCCACACAGAAAGAUCCCGAGCCCGGGAUUGAACCCUGACUACUCAGGACCUUCGUAUUGUGAGGCAGACGCACUAACCCCUUUUUCACCAUGAAGCCAUAAUAGGAAAUCAAAUAGUAUUCGUCCUUCACUAUGUGAUAAGCACAUAUUUGGUGAGUGUCCUUCCCACGAUGACUUCUACCUGGUGGUGUGCAGCCACUGUGGCCUGGUGGUAAAGCCGCAAGCCUUUGAGAAACACUGCGAGAGGCGACACGAUCUCGUUCUGAAGAUGUGUGGACAGUCAUUUACGUUAGCGCCGAAGCAAAGACCUCGCCCCGGCCACCCUGUCAACCUUUCCCUCUCCAGAGAGAGGCAGAAAGACAGCAGAUGUCUCGAAGCGAGCAUAACGACAGCAGAAUCACCUGGCCACCAUAACAGGCCCACAAAGGCUCGAAAGGAAGCUGUGAGUUUAUCUUUAGUGGAGAACCCUCAUCUUCCUCACAAUGCUGCUUCCACACACAGAACUUAUGUUUCUCAGUUUCAACCAAGUGUGCUGCCUUCAGGCCUCUCUUCCUCAUCGUCUACCUCUCCUUCAAAGAGACCCCCGAUGCAAACAUCUAAACAUAAUAUCAAGCAAAAAUGUGACCUAAAGAAACAAAGCAGUGAGAUGGAUCAAGGAAGACAGAAGCCACCUUGCAAGCUAAUAUGCAAUACUGAAGGCAUCCUCCAGCAGCAGAGGUCGCAGGUGUUGGCGAAGCAGAGUGAAGCAUGUCGUAAUACGGAGCUGCUUCCUGACAAAUCUAAAGAGCAGCAUUUAGAAGCUUUAAAUAAGAAAAUAACAAACCUGAAAAACAGCCUGAGCAGCAAUUGUCACAUUCUCAGUCGGUCUCGAGCUGCAUCGCAGAGCUUUCCAGAAGAGGAGGCUGACGGCACCGUGAAAGUGGAGGUCCAAACUCCAUACCCCUUCAAUCAGCAUCUGCUCUCCGGCGAGGAGAGUGACGAUGAUGAGCAAGAGGCAGCUACUGAUCUGCCUGCCACUUCUUGGCACCCCAAACCUCUUAGUCUUUGCACUUUUGGAUGUCGCUCUCUGGCAUGCAACAUCUUCACCUUUGACAGGCGUCUGCACCACCUGCGGUUUGCCCUCACUGCCAUGUUGGAGCAUCAUGUUAGCACCCACCGCUGGAAGAAAAUACCUCAAGCAUCAUCAGGUCUCAGGUCUCAUCACGUCACAGAGUCUGCCAAGAAUGUGUCUGGACGUUCCCAUACCGCUGGUACCCUCAGCCUUGCCUGUGCCUCACUGGGACAACUUGAAAAAAAGUCACAGAGCACUAAACUACCAUCCAAUACAUCUGCAAAACGACCCGCCAGAUUACGAAACCCUAUCGGGUUACCCGGCUCCAAUUUGUUGCAAAAUGAGCUGUCGUGCAGUAGUGUGGAAACAUCCUCAAGAUGUAGUACAGACAAGCGCCAACCUCAGGUGACAUCCUCCCAAGGACCAGUUAAUGGUCACCUCUCACAAGGAAAAAAGACAUGCCAUCCUCUUCCUUUACAGCCCUCAAAGAGACCUGUGUCAGCUUUAGUGCGGCAGCCUGCUUUAUUGUCCCCUGAUAAAGCGGCGUCACUGCAUGUUAAGCACAAAAUAUCAGGCUCUAACCAAAGGCCUCUAGGUAAAAAGAGAAAAAGUUGCAGUGAAUCACAGCCUCUCAAGUGUCAGCGUUUGUCCUCCCUAAACUGCCCUAUCUCCUGGAAAGGGGAAGUGCGGUCAAGCCCUGAGAAAAGGCCAGCAUCCCAAAUAGAGAAUAAGACAUCUUGAAGAAGACGCCUGCAGCUGCUGCCAACUUUGUCUGUGAUGGCAUGAAUGUGUUCGGGUGUAGUUACUAUGUCUGAAGUAUGGAGGGAGUGAGUUUCCCCAGCACAUUACCUUGCCAGCCUAUUGUUAUGAAAUGUUUGCUUUUCUUCAUGUCUUCAUGUGUAUUACCGUGAAAGAAUACCUCAAUAUUUAAAAGCUGCUGAAAGUAAACAACAUUUUAUGGCAAAACAAUUCAUAACGUCCAGUCUUAGAAUUUACUUAUACAAUAGCUGGUGUAGGACGUUUUACCAUUUGUUAAAUGAAAACAACUACUGUACUAAACUACAUGUACUAUGUAAGGUGAAUGUUGAGUCAGCUUAAUCUAAAUGGUAAAGGUUCCCAUAUUCCCACAAGACAAGCAGUAAAAUAUAGAGGCAGCACAGUGUGUCAAGGUCAGUCGUUUAUUUCAUCAAGUAAUACCUCUAAUGCCUGCAGCCAAAGAAGUGCUAAAACAGGAGUCCCCAACUUUCAUUCCUCUUAGAGCUACUUUGGCAAAAAAAGAGGAUAUGUUUACGCCAAGCAACAUUUAAAUUGUAUUGUUUUUAUUAAAGUGUUUUACAGGGGUAACUUAAAAAAAUAUAAUUUUGUGCAAAUGUUCAGUUAUUCUAACAAUUAAAUUUCCAAGCUGAAAAUAACGAUUCAGGCUCACAACAUGCAACUAAAGAUAUUUGAAGACUUAUUUUGAUAUAAUAAACUGAAAACCAUGAUCAUCAAAAUUGUAGCAAAUGAAAGUUUGAUAUUUUUAAUGUUCCUACUUGUUGGAUACCCUUGCUGUAAAGCAUACCAUGCAAAUCCAUUCUGAAUUUGGCCAGCCAACUUAUCUUUGCGAUGGUGGUCAAUUAACUCUGCUGCUUUUAAAAUAUUUAUAUGGAGGACUGGCGAAUGUGGGGGAAAGGCUUUCAGCCACAUCCCUUCAGGAAUGUUUGCAAAACUGCUACUUUUAAGUUUGAAGAAUAGAGAUAUUGAAUGUCAGAAACCACACUAAUGCCACUUAUCCGUGAUUAUUUCCAAAUAUUUUCAUGAAUGGAUGCAGUCAUUUUUAUAUCGCCUUCUUUCUUAUUUUAGAUCCAUCCAAAAUCAUUGUAGUAAAUAAUGUGUUCUGCUUUUUUGACAAAAAUAGUGUUAUCUACAAAAGAUGUGAUUCCAAAGGGCCAAAUUAUAUUCUUCACGGCUCAUCAGACAUGGCCUGAGACAGCCAGAGCACGGUACGUUUCUCUUUGACUUUGCUAAAAAUAACUUGCGGCUACAUACUCACUGCCUGUCAGGACGUCAGGCCUUUUUCAUAAAUGUCCACAUGUUUUUUCUGAUUCCACAAAUGUAAAAUACACCCAUCAUUCCAUAGAAAACUGGACCCCAACCCAUUUGAAAAAUAAACGUGUAAACCAAGACAAUUGCACAGCAGCAGACCAAAUGAGCAACAAGGUAAGAUUAUACAACAAUACAGUCAGUACACAGGUACAACAUAGCUGUACAACUAAUAAAUACUGAACACAGAUAGUGGUAAUACAUACUGUAUACUAUAUGGCAAUAUGUAGGAUGGAAGAUCUACUUAAAACCUUCUUGCGAUACUUGGAGGUUAUAGAGCAAUAACAAGUAUACACACAAGGGCAGAGCUGAAAGAAUUUGCACACUUCGAAAUUGCCCUGAUUUGCCGCUAACUGCUGCAUUAGUGCCGUGUGCUUCAUCUUAACAAAGCUUGUGGUAUUUUAGACAUGCUGUUGUAUAUUCUUAGGUGAGAGUGGAAUGAUGCACGCACCACCUCUCUGUGUGACUUCCUCUUCGCACGCACAUUGGAGAUGCUGAGAACAUUUCAUCCGUUUCCCCCAAAGCACCUUUCAAAGGGCUGCACUGAUUUCAGUUCAACAUGUGUCAUUCAUUUUGACAUACCAAAUUCCUCCCCGCAAUUAUUUUUCAUUUAAAAAGCAAACAUUCAAUAAACGCUGUGGGCAUUUCAUAUACUCCCAAAAGGGCAUCACAUUCAUUUCCUGGAUGACUGAUUGCUGUUUGAGGGCUGCACACAUACACACACGCGCACACAAACAUACACAUACUAAAACUGAAUUGAGCCUUAGACAAUAACUUUUGUGCUGUGUGACGCCUGAUAAAAGACACAAAGGCAUACACAGCAGAGGGGGAAUGAAACCCAUCUGAGAACCGUUCAUCUUAGCCUUGUAUUAUCACUCACAUAUUGCUAUGGUUUGAUUACAUUGUGCCCCUAUUCAUGCAGUAUACUCUCCUCUUUCAUGACUGCUUAUUGUAUAUCCGCCAUUUAUUAGAUAUGUUUUUGUCAAUAUUUUUACUCCAGUAAACGUUUAUUAUAUUUGCUUAUUCUAAUUUGUGAAAUGUUAUAUUCAUUAACUUUGUUAUUUUUAGGGCUGUCAAAUAAUGAGUUAACUCAUGUGAUUAAUACCAUCUAUCCAUCCAUCCAAUUUCUACCGGGGUCGCGGGGUUUGCUGGAGCCUAUCUCAGAUGCAUUCGGCGGAAGGCGGGGUACACCCAGGAAAAGUGGCUACCUCGUAGCAAAAAAUAAAUUAAGCGACAAUGAGCGAGAAGACUACGACUGGUGUGUUCAAAAUAAAUACUGACAGGACUUUAAAAUGAAA